CAUUUUUGGCGCGCUUAUCAAACAAGGAGGUAAACUUGAUAAUGCCGUCCUGUUCGCCGUUGCGAUACGCUCACAGCGAAGGAUUAACAAGUUUGUGCUAUGACGAUAAAGGAAAAUAUAUCUUGACCUGUGGCUCAGAUGGAGAUGUCAGAAUAUGGGAAGGGGCGGAGGAUGAUGAUGCUAUAUCCCAUGGAACUGGUGAUAAGGCAUUCUGUGUUGCAUACAAGAAUGACAGAUUUUACAUCGCUACUGAUGCAAACACUGUGCAGGCAUAUACUUUCCCAGGGGGCUCUCCUGAUGGGAUUCUGGCAAGAUUUACUGCCCCUGCCAACCAUAUCUGCAUCAACCAGAUGGGAACGACAUUAGUAGCUGGAUCUAGUGACUUCACAAUAAAACUUGUUGACAUUUCCUCUGGGGACACCAAGAAGUUUGAAGGACAUGAGGCCCCUGUAUUAAGUGUAGCCUUAGACCCUAAAGAAGAAUUUCUGGCAUCCUCUAGUUGUGAUGGAAGUGUGGUGAUAUGGAGAGUUGAGAAUAAGGAGAAAGUGAAAAAGUUCCAAAUCCUUCCCAAAGUGGGUGACAUUAGUUUGACCAAAGGAUUGUGUAGGCUAUGUUGGGAAAAGAAUGGGCAGUUCCUGUAUGUUCCUUUGGAGAAUGAGAUCCAGAUCUACGACAGAAAUUCCUGGUCAACAACUGGAUCAAUACAAGACAGUCAGUUUUCUGGAGUGUACUCUGUCCUGGAUCUCUCAACUGACGGAACACACCUGGCGGCAGGAUGUUAUGACGGCCAUAUUCUCAUCUUUGACCUCAAAACCAAAACCUGUGUGGAUAGGUUUAAACAUGAGAGUGGAUUGUCCAUCAUGUCACUAUCUUGGAAUCCUAGCAACCAGACAGAAAUAGCAUUUUGUGAUAGAGAGGGACAGCUUGGACUUUUGAGUGAAAUAAAUCUUAUAGGAGGAAACCAGCCUGCAAAGGAACAAAGAGUAAAAGAGACUCUGGGGAUUUUUGAGGAUGACGAUGAUGAUGCAGAAUUAGUUCAAGCCUCUGAUGAGCCGAGUAAAGAGCAGAUUUUUGAUGAAGACAGCAAUGACUCAACACCAGCCAGUGUCUUAAAGCCCCUUGAUGAUGACUUGGCAUCAGAGGAUGGUGAGGCUCCUCCGGUCAUCCCAGUACAGACCAGAAUCAUUGAGAGACCGGGGUUUGUACCAACACCCCCUCAAGGGGCCUUCCAGCCAGGAUCCACCCCCAAACACCUCUCUAGCAGAUUCAUGAUGUGGAAUGCUGUUGGAAUUAUAAAGCAGUUUAACACAGAGGAAGAGGAGUCAAUAGAUAUCGAGUUCCACAACACCGCUAUACACCAUGCCAUGCACUUAACAAACUCAGCGGGUUACACUAUGGGGGACGUCUCGACAGAAGCUGUGGUCCUAGCCAGCCCGGGGGAGGACUCUGACCCAAGUAAGUUGACCUGCAUGCAUUUUGGAUCUUGGGAUAAUUCUAAGGAGUGGACCAUUCCCAUGGAUGAUGGAGAAGCAAUAGAGGCUCUGGCAAUCGGCGAGGACUGGAUUGCAGUAGCCACCUCAGGGAGACUAAUCAGAAUCUUUUCUCUGGGAGGCAUCCAGAGGGAUAUUUUCUCCAUACCAGGUCCUGUGGUGUGCCUCUCAGCUCACACAAACCAGCUGCUCAUUGCCUACCACAGAGGAAUGGGUUUGCCGGGAGACCAGUGUCUUGGAGUACAUCUGAUGACAGUAGAGGGAGCCACCCAGAUAAACCACCAGCCACUCCCCCUGUCCCACAAGAGCUCACUUGCUUGGAUGGGAUUUUCUGCUGAAGGCACACCUUUUUACAUGGAUUCAUCUGGAAUAGUGAGAAUGUGUAAUAGAAGAUUUGGGAUGAGCUGGGUGCAAGUAGCAAAUACCAAAUCACAUACAAAAGGAAAAUCCGAUAAUUACUGGAUUGUUAGUGUACACGAAAAUCCCCAACAACUUCGGUGUAUACCUUGUAAGGGGGCCCGCUUUCCUCCGGUCCUCCCCCGACCAGCUGUGGGAAUCCUUCCCUUCCAGGUUCCCCUUUGUCAAAUGAACACUGAAAAGAGUCAGUAUGAGGAAGUAUUUCACAGAACACAGUUGCUAAGCAGCCAUUUACAGUUCUGGAAUACCAUUGGUUAUGAAUAUGACACUUCAAUAGCUAGCGAACUUGCUAAGCCCUCACAAGAAGCCCUGAUGAAACUAUUUGCUUUAUCUGCUAGAUCAGAUAGAGAGUUUCGGGCUUUAGAGGUUUGUGAGAUGAUGUCAGAGCCACACACUCUGCAGCUAGCCAUUAAAUAUGCCUGUCGCCUGAAAUACAUGCAGCUGGCCGAGAGGAUCAGUGAGGUGGUUCAGAGGAAGUCCGCUGAACAAGCAGAGGAGGUGGAGGAGGAAGAGGAAGAAGUGGUUCAUAGGGUUCAAAGAGUUCACAAUCACCAAAAUCAUGUUCAGGAAAAUGAAGAGAUGGAAGAAGAAGAUGUGGAGGUUGACCAGGAAAAUGCAGAAACAAACAGUGCUGGUGGGCCUUUGUUGAAUUUGAAAGCCAAGAGCAAAAAUGAGGUGUUAUCCCAAUCUUAUGGGUCUUCAGGGAGGUCUAAUCCAUUCAAGGUUUUAACACCCCAGAAACCAGAACCAACAAAAGGAACUCAGGUGUUUGACGGCAUGUCAAAAAAGAAACAGACGAGUCCAGGACAGGUCAUGCUGAAAAAUACGAGACCUGUCAAGGCUGUAAAGAGAACUCCUCAGAGCCAAGGAAAGAUAACUUCUGUAAAGUCAACAAAUGAGGAAGACAAACAGGAAGAAUCACAGAAAAAAUCUAAAAGUGCUUUUGACCUGUGGUUUGAAGAGACAAAGUCUCAGCUAAUGGAGGAAUUGCCAGAAGCAGACGAAGAAAGUUUGGUACAAACCGCUGCGGAACGAUUCCGAAAAAUUCCAAAGGAAGAACGACAGAUCUGGAUUCAGAAAUCAAAAGAAGGAGAUAAUAAGAAGAGAAAACGAGAAGAGGAAGAAAUUCCCACAAGGAAGGUCAACCCCAAACUGGCAGGCUUUGCCUUCUCCAAAGACUAAAUACUGACAUAGUGGAGUUUUAUGUGUAAUUUAUAAUAGAAAAAGUUGUUUGUUAUAUAUACCAUAAUGUGUAUAAAACAAUUUUGUUAUGGCAAGGUUAUAAAUGAGACGGAGCACUUAGACAUUCAUGGCAAAGGAAGCUGUAGACAGGUGCUUGUUAUAGAGCUAACAGUGUGAAUAUUUCAUUGUUCUGUCCUUCCAACCAGACUUAACAGUCUUGGAUACUGCCUGUUACAUUAUGUGAAAAUGAAUUCAUAACAAUAGGUGCAUAUAAAUAUAUUGUGAAAAAAGA